AGUAGGUAGAUGCUGAGGAGAGAGACGCAGGACGGAAAAUACAACAAGUGAGUGAACUGUUGCUCUGCAAAUAAAGUCGCUCAGCAGCGGGAUUUCUGCCGGGUGAAAGUCUGUAAAAGUAACUCGAUAUAAUGUGUGAUUUUAAUUGAAGGUGCGCGACGCGACUUUGAAUUGCAUUAUUAUUAAUGUUUUUAUUUUUUUAUUCCCUCGGUGUCGGACUGCUGAGAGCGUUGCUUUCAUCAUUUUGGACGGCGCGAUCCGGCCACAAAGCAGGAGUCCUGUAUAUGCUUCAAGUUUAAAUAUUAGUGUGACUUUGAGUUUGCACCGGAGCGCAACUUCACCCGAUGCGACAGUGAAACCGCUCAGUCUUGGAAGGAUUUCAUUCCGGUCCUGGACCAGUUUUCUUGCGACGUUUCUGAACCUGCAGCAUGGAAAAAACAACACUGAGAACCAGGUAGAAAAGAAAGAAAAAGACUAGACAACUAAAGUGCCCUUCCCUAAAUGUGGUGGGUGAGAUGAACUCCAGUGGGAAUACUGUAGACCCCACCUGACAGCUCUCUGCCUGAGUAACUGAAAGCUUUUCACUGGAGCCUCCACAACCACAGAGCUGAAAAAAAACAAAACAGUUGCCUCCAAUCCAACAUCUCAACGGUGAUUUAAAAUAUUUAUGUUGUUUUUGUCUUGCAAAAUGAUGUAUUAUUGUUAGAUAGGUUGACAGCCCUCUGACAUUGUUAACCAGAGGAAACUGAAAAAAUAUAAGGAUACAAAACCAAUGUGCUGAACACCAACAAAUGGAAAACCCUAUUUGUCAUUCUCUCCCCGACUUCUGAUUUUCUCCUGUCUGAGACUUGCCUGUCCCACUCCUAGACUAGUCCCCCAUUUCCUUUCUCUUCCCCACGCAAUCACAUAUUUUCCUCCUCCAUCUUAUCGAUCCAGUUACUUUCUUCAGCUUUCAGCCUGGCCGGCACAACCAUUCCAGCUAAGGGGGAGGAGGACCUCCUCACGCUGGCCGCCUCCCGGCUCAGCCGCAAGAAACGCGUCAUUGGGGCUGGAGUCGGCGUGGCCAUGGUCCUGGUCCUGCUGGUUGCCAUUCCCCUAUUGGUCCACACCACCAAGGCAGGAGGGUCCGGAGGAGGGGGCACACAUUACGAGAUGCUUGGGAGCUGCAAGAUGGUGUGUGACACUUUCACCCCCCCACAGGGAGAGCUGACAGCUGUCUCACCUCAGCCCCCAGACUUCUCAAACCGCAGGAGCAAACAGGGGUACAGAGGGAGCCCUGGACUUCCUGGACCUCCAGGUCCUAAAGGGCCCCCCGGAGAGCCCGGCAAGCCUGGCCCACCUGGUCCACCAGGGCCUGGACCCGAUGGCUACGGCCCAUCCUUCUAUAGUCCCAAAAUCGCCUUCUACGCAGGCCUCCGGAAACAACACGAAGGGAGUGAAAUACUGAAGUUUGAUGACGUAGUGACCAAUGUAGGGAACUACUACGAACCGAGCACCGGCAAGUUCACCUGCCCUCUGCCUGGCAUCUACUACUUCACCUACCAUGUCCUGAUGAGAGGAGGUGAUGGGACGAGCAUGUGGGCUGACCUGAAGAAGAACGGACAGGUGAGGGCCAGUGCAAUCGCUCAAGAUGCAGACCAGAACUACGACUACGCCUCCAACAGUGUCAUCCUACACCUGGAUGUGGGGGACGAAGUGUGCAUACAGCUGGAUGGGGGCAAAGUUCACGGCGGAAACACCAACAAAUACAGCACCUUCUCUGGCUUCCUCAUCUACCCUGACUGACAGUAUACUCACAUUUAUAUACUCUUUCUGUAAUCAAGCAAAAAGUGUCCUCUCCUUUCUUCAUCUAACACCACCAUGACUCCAUUAUGUAAUUUGUCAUUUCAACGCUCUUGAGUACACAAAACAUGUAAUAACAUGAUCAUAGUUAACACAUUUGUGUAAAAAUGAAUAUAGUAUUGUAUAUAUUACCAGUUAGCAAUCUGAAACACACGCUUGUGUAAUUAU